AUGCCUCCCUCUACCAAGCCCAAGCUGCCGCAGCUCAAGACUCCUAUGACGUCGACCUUUCCUUCCGAACUGUCGGCCUUGUCUGCGCGAAGCCCUCUCCCUGGAUACGCCGACUUCCUCAAGCACGAGGACUAUAUCAAGACCCCAAUUACUCCUCCCAUUGCAUAUACGGACUUCCUCAAGACCAUGUCGGGUCCGGUGGUUGCAGAAGUCAAGGCAUCGUCGGGACGGACCACACCUACUUCGGCCCCUUCGACUGGCUCCAGUGAACACAGCAAUUGCUCCUGCAACUGCGAAACACACAAAUCGCCCACCUCCGCCUUAUCCUCUGCGCAAUUCGCGUUCCCAUCUUCGGCUCCUUCGACAGGACGUUUAGGACGCUUGCGGAUACCUCCAUCUCCAGCCUUCACUAGCGGGGAAUCUCCCAUGAGCGCCUCAUCCGCCGUUCGGUCUCCCUUCAGCGCUAGAAGUGCACGGUCACCCUUCGAUUGGGAUUUCAAGACCAGAGGCAAAUACUUCGAUGUCAAGUCACCGAAAACGCGAUCCAGCGUUCGUCAAGUUCGGGAGAUUGUCACUCGGACAGUCACUUACACACCACGGAUGAGCCCUGCGCCCAAGGGGAAGAGGAGGAAGAUAGAAUAA